AUGUCAACAGCUACAACCACCGCUCAACAACAACAAUAUGAACAUUUACAACGUUUGAAACGUAUGGAAGAGAAUACAUCUCUCUAUAAAACGAUCCUCAAAUUUGUUUGUGGAGGUGUUAGUGCUGGAUUUGUGAGUGGUUUGAUGAACUCACCUGACCACGUGAAAACUAGAAUGCAAUUGACACAUCAAUCAUCAAACAGUGGAAAUGCUGUUAACAUGUCAUUUUCACGUGCUUAUUAUAAUUUAUACAAGACUGAAGGAUUGGGAGUGUUGUUAGGAAGAGGAUUAUUUGCUGCUGUAGUGAGAGAACAAUUUUAUAGUUCCGUUCGAAUGGGAUUAUAUGAUCCAUUGAAAUUUAUUCUAUCUCAAGUUCUGCUAGAAUCAAAAAAUAACACAACAGAUGUUGGAUUAACCAUUAAAAUAUUGAGUGGUGCCAUCUCUGGCUCUAUUGGAUCCAUCGUUUCCAAUGGAUGUGAUUUAGUUAAAAUCAGACAACAGAGUGUCAUGGAUGGAUCCAAAGCACCUUAUUGGUUUCAUAUUGUGAAAAAAAUUAUUAAGGAAGAGAAUGGAGUGAUGGGUCUGUUCAGAGGAGGCACUCCAAAUGUGUUGCGUGCAUCGAUUCUCACUGCUACUCAACUCUCUACCUAUGAUCAUACCAAACAUCUCCUUUUAAAAACACCUUACUUUUCUGAUAAUGUUUAUACUCAUGUGACUGCAUCAUUGGUGGCUGGUCUGUUAUCCACAUUGACGACCAAUCCAAGUGAUGUGAUUAAAACGAAACUCAUGGCAUCUAAGAAGAAGAAUCACAUCACUGGUGCUGCUGUUUCUGGAAUGGACUCUUCCUAUAGUGGAUUAAUAGAUUGUGCAGUCAAGACCUAUCAAAAACAUGGUCUUCGAGCAUUCAUGUCUGGAUUUGUUCCAAAUUAUAUUCGAAUAGGAACUCAUUGUCUAUUGACAUUGCCAUUGUAUGAAGAAUUGAGAAAAUUGAUGGGAUUAUCCAGUGUUUAG